CACACCGACCACUGACUCCAUUAUCGUCCCACUUUUAUGGAGGGGUAACUGAAAAUGCUUCCUCUUUGGGCUAUGGGAAUGGGACAAAAUGAGAAUACCUCCCAGCUGGGGGCAGUCCUCAUGACACUCGCCGAAACACUCUCGCUACACCCACCAUGGAGAUAACGCGCUGCGGAAUUCAUGGUUUCCAUGAGGUUUUGGGAAUCGACGUCGACGAGAUCCGCUUCUUCUGGGUUAUCGCAUCCACCCAACCAAAUGCUUCGCAAAAAGCCUACCGCGUGGUACUGGCUACGGACGAGUCGAGCCUGCGUGAUGACAGUGUCAGUCCCUCGAAACUGGCCUGGGACUCUGGCUACGUGACGAGCAAUGAGCAGCGCAACAUCAUCUGCAAACCCGACAACGGCUUCCAGUCGACUUGCAGCUACUACUGGCGAGUGACCGUCUGGGAUCAAACAAAUCAAUCCUUCCACAGCGCACCAAACCACUUCUUCACGGCCUACCCCCGUUCUCAUCUCCUGCCUCCCUACAGCAUGAACCAGACCUACAUGCCUCAUACCGCCCUCAUAUUCCGCACCUGGUUCGAGGAUGAGCCCAACCGCUGGAAGGCUGUGUGGAUUGGCGACGGAGGAGACAAGCCCAUUUACGCGCGCAAAUCGUUCGACCUCUCGCGGACGCCGGUACGCGCCAUCCUAUUUGCAUCGGGACUGGGUCACUUCAAUAUGAGCGUGAAUGGCCGACCGGCCUCCGACCACCGCCUCGAUCCCGGCUGGACCAACUACCACCGUCGUGUACAAUUUACCUCCUACGACGUGACUGCCCAGCUGCAGAAGGGCCAGAAUGUGCUGGGCGCUCAUGUGGGCAAUGGCUUCUAUGCGGGUGACAAGGGCGAUGAUCGCUUCUUCUGGCCGAUGUACGAGGAUAAUACCUAUGUCCGCUACGGCAACGAGCUGUGCUUCUUCAGUGAGCUGCAUUUGUUCUAUGAGGACGGUGAGCACACCACCUUGAUCUCUGAUCCCACUUGGCGCGUAAGCAAGAGUGCCACUACACUUGCCAACAUCUAUGCCUCCGAAACCCACGAUCGCCGCCUGUAUCCGACCGGCUGGGACGCCCCCGGAUUCGACGAUGCACACUGGGCUCCCGCCAAGCCUCUCACAGGACCACGAGGUCACAUUUAUUAUCAGACCCAACCUCCCGUCGUGCUACACGAGACCUUUAAGCCUAUCAAAACCCACAGCCCAAGCCCUGGCGUUGUCUGCUAUGACCUAGGGCAGAAUGCAUCCACAAUGGUUGAAUUUGUCGUUGAGGGUGCCGCAGGUUCCGAAAUUAUUGUCCGAUACAGCGAGACAGUCAAGGAGGAUGGCACUGUUCUAAUGCCGGAUCCCUUGUUCAAAGAGUUCGAGACGGGUGUUUUUUCCCGCAUCUAUCUGGCCGGCACGGGCGCCCCUGAAGUGUGGGAGCCGGACUUUAGCUUCACCAGUGCACGGUAUAUCCAAGUAGAAGGUGUUUCACUGGACGGGGAAGAUGGCCUCCCGAAAAUCAUAUCGGUUGUUGGCCGCCACAUCUCAUCUGCUGCAAGACAACUAGGAACGAUGAAGACCGAUAAGGAGGAUGUGAACGCCUUGUUGAAUGCAUGCUAUUGGACAUUUAGCAGUAAUCUGUUCAGCUACCAUACCGACUGUCCGCAGAUUGAGAAAUUCGGCUGGCUGGAGGUCACCCACCUGCUGGCCCCCGCAACACAAUACAUCCGCGACAUGGAGUCCCUGUACACCAAAAUCCUGGAUGAUAUUCUUGACGCCCAGGAACCCAGUGGAUUGGUUCCUACUAUGGCUCCCGAGAUUCGCUACAUGUGUGGACCACUCCACGAUACCAUCACCUGGGGCUGCGCCUUGUGUUUCCUCCCCGACAUCCUUCGACAAUACUAUGGCUCGACACAUGUCAUCGCCAAGGUCUUCCCCGCGGCAGUGCGCUAUAUGGAAUACAUGCGCACUAAGGAGCGACGGGGCGGAUUGAUCGAGCACGGCCUUGGCGACUGGGGACGGGGCAUUGCCCACGGCAAUAACCAGGCCAACAUCGAGACGGCCAUCUACUACCGCUGCCUGCAGAACGUGGAGAUGAUGGCACGGGAGCUAGGCGAGACACAGAAGGCCGACGAAUUCCAGCAGUGGGCAGCGCGCAUCUACGCCGCAUACAAUCGCCACCUCCUCGUCACCGACGACCCCUCCCGCCCGUAUGCGUAUUACACCUCGCUGGACAACUACCCGGAGCGCGACCGGGACGCAAUUGCGCAAGCAAUGGCGCUGCAAUUUGGGAUGGUGCCACAAGAGCAUCGCGCCGAUGUUAUGGCCGCCUUCAUGGACGACGUCGCUGACGGCCGCAUGCGGUCCGGCGAGAUCGGGCUGCGUUUCCUGUUCAACACGCUGGCGGAUGCCAAGCGUCCCGAUCUGGUGCUGCAGAUGGCUCGCCAGGAGGAACAUCCAUCGUAUAUGCGGUUCCUGCGGCGCGGGGAAACCACCCUGCUUGAGUUCUGGCAGGAUGCCUGCCGCAGCAAAUGCCACGACAUGUUGGGAACCAUUUACGAGUGGUUCUACGCCGCCGUGCUGGGGUUGAAGCCAACCGGACUGGCGUAUCGGACUUUUGUGGUAGACCCACCCUACGAAGCGGAGUUCGACCACGUUCAGGGCAGCGUGGACUGUCCUUACGGCUUGAUAACUGUCGAAUUCACGCGCGGUGCGCAGGGUGCGGUGACGCUUAGUCUGCGUGUGCCGUUCGGGACGACGGCUGUCGUCAAGUUGCCCGAGAACGCAAAGAACUCGGCUUAUCUUCGAGCCGGCGAAGCAAAGCAGGCUGUGGAGGGCGAUGACGUGCGACUAACCCACGGCGAGUAUUCUGUUUUCGUGCAGCUGUAAUUAUGAUACAUGUGUAUAU